GGCACAACCUCAAUUUGACCUUUUAAGUUUUGCUCCUAUAUCCAACUCCAUAUUUUAUAUAAUUCUAUUGUUAUAAUUUUUCCUUUAUGCUAACUUAGCAUUGUCUUUUUCUAGACAGCCUUGUGGAUGAUCUUAUACAUUUGCUACAAUGGGGCUAUCAAGAACCAGAAGCAAAAGUUUCAGUACCGGGACAACCGUUUUCCAAACAGGCUCGGAGUUUGCUGGUGAUGGAAUCACAACCCCAAAAUAUGAAGAUAAAUUACUCGAGUUGGAUGGUGAGCAAAUAUGUUACGGUCCGUGGGAUGACUGUAACCUGUUUGCUCGUUUGACGAAUAACAACAUCAACCGCGAACAUAUUAUGGAAGAAUAUGUUAAUUAUCUAACUAGCUUGUUUGAAAAACUCCCCGGAGCAUAUAAGCCCCCCAGUCGCCCAACAGAACUGCGAUUAUCAGCGUACGAAAAUGAAUACGAAACUAAGUGUUCAUCACCAUGUCCCAGUUUAACGGAUGAUUCAACACUUUCAAGGACUUCUUCGCUUGCUAGGUGUCAGAGGAGUCCACCUCGCUAUUCGCCUGUCAGGCGGGGAUCACUGCUCCCAUUAACAUCAGACCUAUCUCUUAUACGUAAGAGGACUAAGGGCUAUACAAAUUUCAAAGACUUACGAGCAAUCCCCUCUCAACUACCACAUGCAGGCCCCAAAUACUCUCUAAACUGGAAGUCUGGGUUUGAGAAAUGGUCUAAUUACUCCAACCAGCCAAGACGUGUUGCGGUUAAGAUGUUGGCUCCUCCCAAAGUCAGAGACAACAUCCAAACACGGUUUCAUGAAAUGAGCGAUUCUGAUUCCCUUGAUUCCGAAACUUCAACAGACAUAUCGUCCGACGACGACGAAUAUGAUCCAUUUGAAAAUUUAAACAACGCCAUAAGACGGGUCUUUUCGUCCAAUAAGCAACUGGCAGACAGAGUGAUCAACUAUUUGGUACAACUUCCACUAGAUCGCCGAGCACGGGUUUACGGGUAUGGGGCCAUCUCAUCGCACGGCGCCGACAGCUUUCAGGAAUCAAGUAUCAUAGUUAGCUGCGGAGGCAAUUCGAGGCCUACAAAGAGAAAGCGUAUCGACGGAGCGCUCCCAAGUAAUUUAAACCAGGACCAGACUCUCGGAAGCGAUGAUCAUGACGACCGAGUCCUCGUCGACUGCCAUCCUCCAGAAAGAUCGUCACCUCACAGAAGGUUUGCCUGCGGGUACAAUAUCUUCGACAGAGUAACAUUUAGCCCAAGAAAUACCAGAGGGAGGACCGCGACACGGUAUAAAUCGUGUGCUGGUCCUGGAUUCUCAUCUCUUAACCAUUAUAAGCGACACUUAGAACGUGUCCAUACCUUGCACCAAUGCCCCCGAUGUGGGCAUAUUUUCGACAUGCCCGGGGACUUACAAAAUCAUUUGGCCCAGGAUCCGAGAUGUGACCGACUGACAUUCGAACAAGAACGCGGUAUGUCUCAAGCUACAUGGGAUAGGGUUAAGGAUAUUUUUAAGAGAAGACGCAAAUCCCAGGGUGAGCCUUCUGAUGAAGAACGAUGGUUCCUUGCCUGGGAUGCUCUCUUUCCUGAGGCGCAAAGGCCUCCGACAGCAUACUAUGAAGAACCACAGAUACAGGAUGCCUACCAGUCCAGGGUUUUGGAAGUCUUUGAUUUUCUCUUAGCCGACCGACCUCAACUAGCUCCAACCCGUAACCAUAGGGAUGAUCUUAUGGAGGCAUUAAGACACGCUCUUAAUGUUGCUGGCCAAGGAACACGAUUAAAUCAGGAACUUGGCGAACCCAUUAUGACCUCACCAUCAGUACAAGGGCCUUUACCAAACACUAGUGCACAGGACCAGAUGCCCGAUAUAAACCAGACAAACAUCUUAGAACCUCAUGGGCCUGAAACAACCAAUGCGUAUAUAGAUGUGUCGAGUCACUUUGAGGAGCCGAGGUAUCAAGAUAGUGAACCAAUAGAUAAUUUAGAUCUAUUUGGUGUAUCUGGCUCAACCUACCCCGACAUGGGUGUCACCGGCGAUGACUAUCUCGAUGAUGGAUUGUAUUUGGACCUUCCGGAAUAUGGAAAUUGGUAACUAGACUCUUGCCUUCAAACGGUAACAGAUAGAUAUGUGAGACUAAAAGAUCACUCAAGAGGAUUUAAAUUGAGACUGACCUUGGAGAUCGUAUUUGUAAGGAAUGACAUUAUUUUCCACUUUGACAAGCCCUUAGCUUUGUGUAGUACUUUUUCAUCCGGAACGAACACAGUAUAUCUUGUUUUGAGGUUCCAGAUCAUUGGGUUGCUCGAGUCUUGCGAACAAAUCCUCAACGUGGCAAACAAGUUGCACUAGUAUAUACAUUUCACAUGUCCC